CGGGCCGGCCGCACCGUUGCAGUGUUUACGUUCGCGCGUUAUGCGCGUCAAUGCGCACCACGUGUGAUCGCGAUCGUGCGAUCGGUCUAACCGGACGGUCUUCGGGCGAGUUUCGCGCGCUAAAGUAGCAGGUGUCGUUGAACAACAGUCGAACUUUCGUGUUGCACGUCGGGCAGGAUGCUGGAGUCGACUCUUCAAGCCCUGGCGUGCGGUAGGACGAUCUUGGCCAGCGGCUCCCCGAGGCGGCACGACAUAAUCAGACACCUGCGCAUAAACGCAGAAGUGGUGCCGUCCCUCUACGACGAGAAGCUCGACAGGUCCGAGUACCGGGGGCACGGGGAGUACGUGCAGGACAUAGCCAGGUACAAGGUGCUCGAGGUGUACGAGCGUCUGAAGGCGGACCCGGUGCCGCCGUCGUUGAUAAUAGGCGCGGACACCAUGGUGACGAUGGGCGACGUCAUUUACGGAAAGCCUCGGAACGAAGCGGACGCCUUUCGGAUAUUGUCCAGCUUAGCGAAUAAGCAGCACGUUGUCUACACCGGCGUGUGCCUGAAAACAUCAAAGACCGAAAUCCAGUUUUACGAGUCUGCCAAAGUAAAGUUCGGAGACAUAUCGGAGAGACAAAUAAGAGAGUACAUUAGAACUGGUGAUCCUAUGGAUAAAGCAGGAGGCUACGGUCUUCAGGGUAUAGGGGCUUGCCUGAUCGAAAGAAUAGAUGGUGAUUAUUACACCAUAACGGGCCUGCCGCUGUACUCGUUGGCCAAGCAACUGAACCGAAUGUUCUCCAACAUUUAGCGAGAAUAUCACGCUGUGCCUGUCAGUACCUGAAUCAUUGUACCGUUGUCGUACCUACGUGAAUAAAUUUUAUUAAUGCUAAAA